CCGGGCCCCGCCCCAGGCCCCAAGCUCUCCGCCUGCGGCUGCGCAGGCCGCUCCGCAAGCCGGGCCAGCCAUGGUGAACCUGGGCCUGUCCCGAGUGGACGACGCUGUGGCCGCCAAGCACCCGGGACUCGGGGAGUAUGCCGCAUGCCAGUCGAGCGCCUUCGUGAAGGGCGUCUGCACCUUCGUCACAGGCACCGGUGCGACCCUCGGCCUGCAGAUGUUCCUCCAGAGGAGGUGUCCGUACCCUUUCCAGUGGAGCCUGCUGGUGGCCGUGGGUGGGUACUCAGGGUCAGUGCCCCAGGUCACAGGCUCCCUGGCCAGCUACGGGGUGACGAGGGUGGAGUCCCGGAAAUGCAGCGACCUCUGGCUCUUCCUGGAGACAGGGAAGCUCCCCAAAGACAUGAGCACAGAACCAAGUCAUGCGGUCCAUCGAGUGCCAGGGCACCCAGGAAGGUGACUGCCCCAUUGAGACUUGGACUUCUUGACCUGAGGAAGAAGGGAGAGCCCAAACUGGGGGACAGCGGUGGGCUCUGCCUCAACAGGACACCAAGCUGCGCCCCCUAGAACCAGGAGGAAGUGAGCGGACCACACCCUUGGCAGGUGCUGCCAGCCCCUGAGGGCAAGGCCUUGGGCUGGGAGGGAGGGCAGGAGUGAACGUGGAGUUUUAGACUGGACCGGCCCUCUAAAAGCUGACCGUGACAGAGAAGACAGCCAUCUGCAGACUAAGGUGGAGGCCUCAGGAGGAACCAGCCCUGCCCACACCUUGAUCUCUGACUUC